AUGAAAGCUGGUUUUUUACAGAGAUAUUCUUUAAAGCUUAGCAAAGGUCAGUGUGAAAGGGUAAGGACCUUAGCAUUUACACUAAUUGAUGGCAAGUUAACUGAUCAUUAUGUUAGAAUAUGGGAUUAUGGGAAUGAAGUUUUGAGAUCAAACCUAGGAAGCACUGUUGAAAUUGGAGUCGAUGUCAAUCCGGAUGCAAAAUAUUUCAAAAGAAUCUACAUUUGUUUGAAGGCUUUAAAAGAAGGAUGGUUGAAAGGAUGUCGUAAGGUGAUUGAUUUAGAUGGAUGUUUCUUGAAAGGGAAAGUUAAAGGAGAGUUGCUAGCUGCUAUUGGUCGAGAUGGAAAUAACCAAAUUUACCCCAUUGCAUGGGCGGUUGUGAACGUAGAAAAUAAAGAUAAUUGGAAGUGGUUCAUUGAAUUACUACAAUCAGAUAUUGAAACAGUUCAAGAAAAUGGGCUUACUUUAAUAUCAAAUCAACAUAAGGGUCUUCUUGAAGCCAUAAAGGAGGUGAUGCCACAUGCUGAGCACCGACAACGUGCCCAUCAUAUUUGUGCUAAUUUUUACAAACGUUUCAGUGGAGAGAUUUAUAAAACCUUAUUUUGGCAAGCUGCAAAGUCCACAACAGAUCAAGAGUUCAAAAACAAUAUGGAAAAGAUGAAAGAGUUGAACAAUGAUGCAUAUGACGAUCUCAUUAAAAGAAAUCCUAAAACAUGGUGUAGGGCCUAUUUUGAAACGGAUAGGGCAUGUGAGGCUGUAGAAAAUGGAAUAUCCAAGUCUUUUAACUCUGCAAUCAUUGGUGCUAGGGGAAAACCUUUGAUAACUAUGUUAGAAGAGAUUAGACUUCAUGUGAUGGAGAGGUUUGAUGCAAUGAUAAGGAACACAAAUUCAUGGAAAACUAUUGUUGUUCCAAACAUAAUUAAAAAGAUGAGAAAAUGGCACAAAAAGAUGAGGAAUUGGAUUGUUAUCCCAAGUGGGCCUCUGUUGGAGGUUAGAAAUGGUUAUGAAGGAUAUAUGGUAAACUUGGAAGGAUGGGCAUGCACAUGUAGACUAUGGGUAUUGUCUGGCCUUCCAUGUGUAAAUGCAUGCGCGGCUAUAAACCAUACCCACCAAAAUCUCCUUGACUAUACAAAGUAUCCAACCGUUUCUGGUAAAGGGAAAAUAAAGAAGUGUCAUAAUUGUCUACAAGAAGGGCACAAUGCUAGGACAUGCAAGAAUGAAAAGGUUGUGCCCCCUCCUAAGGAAAAGAAGCCUCCUGGUAGGCCUAAAAAAACAAACUCUGAUGAAAGACCUUCGAGAGGACCAUCUGCAGCUACAAGUGGUGGUAGAGGCGGAAAAGGACCAACAGGGGCAAGAGGUGGAAGAGGAUCAUCUGCAGGUACAAGUAGUGGUAGAGGAGUUCCUAUAACUCAAGAUGAUGGAGUUGCCGAAACUCAAGAUGUAGUGCCUGAAACUCAAUUUGAUAUUGAAAAUGCUAAUUUGGAAGAUCAAUCUAAUGUGGUUGGCGGGAUAGGAAUUGAUGUACCUGUUAUCCGUGCAAAGCUCAAACCAAGAAAACCAUCUGAAAGAAUUAUUUAG